UUGUGACCAAAAAGGAAUUUUGAAUCAAAUGCAUGGUACAACAACAAAAACAAUUAGGAUAAGGUGAAUGAGCCUUAUACGUACCGGUAAUUGCAGUUUAUGGGCAUAUGCGAAGGAGUUUUGCGAGAACGUGGUGGAAGAAGUUUCUAGCUUUCUGUUUAUACUGUGUCAUAAACACCUACAGUGUUCUUAUUUGACCAAACUAGGAUCCGUGAAAGCUAUGUUUCCUCAAACUAUCCUUUGAUUUAGGAAAGGUAACAAGAAUCUUCUUUAUUCUUAAGCAAAACUGUAUUUGACAGUAUUCUUCAUAGCCUCUGCUAAAACAAUUGUUGGAAAGCUUGCCCUAAAUGGCAUACUGUAGUUUUGUACAGUACAUAGUUACACAUAUUGUUCCAUACUUAGUUUAGACUGUGGCUAGCAUCUCGAGUGGAGUAGGACAGCUUUGUGUCACAAAAUGGUUCUUCACAAAAGCCAGCGCUCGUGCAAACGCCUUGAAGUUUCCUGACUGCUUUGACAUCAUAUACGUGCCUUUUUUUUUUUCUUGGUGUUUAUAAAAUCUUUUAAACAAUUUUGUACAUCUUUGGACAUAAAAAAAACAGAACACUCACAAUGUGGACUUUUCUGGGCAUUGCUUCCUUUAUCUACGUCUACAAAAAAUGUGGAGAUUUGCUAAGUUAUGCUAACAAGGAGGUGCUUAUUUCCACCGUGGUGUUUUUUUCUCUUGGCUUGAUGCUCUCGUAUUGGUACCGAUCGUGGGGACCUCAACAGCAAAAUAAGCAGCAACCUCAUUGUGGAAUGUUUUCCAAUUUCCUUGCUGCCUUGCCAUUUGUUGGCUUUUUCUGGACUAAAUCCCACACUGAUUCCAUAGAGAAACUGCAGCUGAAGACCAGAAAGGGUACAAGAGGAGUCAUCCCUUCACCUGACAGUAGAACAGAAACCGAUUCAGCUUCUACAGCCACUGCGCAACCUGAUCCAGAAGUGAUCAUUGUGGGGGCUGGUGUACUGGGCUCUGCUCUGGCCACAGUGCUGGCCCAGGAUGGUAGGAAAGUGACGGUCAUUGAGCGGGAUUUGAAGGAACCUGAUAGGAUUGUUGGAGAACUCUUACAGCCAGGAGGUUAUAACACGCUAAAAGAACUGGGCCUUCAAGAUGCUGUGGAAGAUAUAGAUGCUCAUACAAUAAAUGGCUACAUCGUUCAUAACCUUGAGAACAAGGCAGAGGUUGAGAUCCCUUACCCUUGCACAGCAGCCGGGCAAGUGCAGAACGGGAAAGCAUUUCAUCAUGGACGCUUCAUCAUGGGUCUCCGAAGGGCAGCCAUGUCAGAACCCAAUGCAAAAUUUAUUGAGGGGACAGUGGUACAAUUGCUUGAAGAAGAGGAAUGUGUAGCUGGAAUCGUAUACAAAGAUAAAGAAACUGGUGAUACAAAGGAACUCCACGCCCCCUUAACGGUAGUUGCUGAUGGUCUGUUUUCCAAGUUUCGAAAAAAUCUCAUCUCCAGCAAAGUGAAAGUCCCCUCUCAUUUUGUAGGAUGCAUUUUGAAGAAUUCUCCUCAAUUUAAAGCCAAUUAUGCCGAGCUGGUUUUAGGCAAUCCUUGCCCAGUGCUUAUCUACCAGAUUUCUUCCAAUGAAACUCGAGUUCUUGUUGACAUUCGAGGUGAAAUGCCAAAAAAUCUUAAGGAAUAUAUGGUUGAAAAGAUUUAUCCACAGCUACCAGAACACAUUCAAGAGCCUUUCCUAAUAGCAGUACAGAAUGAACGCUUGAGAGUCAUGCCGGCAAGCUUUCUACCGCCUUGUCCUGUCAAUAAAGCAGGAGUCCUCCUCCUAGGAGACGCUUACAAUAUGAGGCAUCCACUGACAGGUGGAGGAAUGAGCGUUGCUCUGAAUGACAUCAAGAUCUGGAGAUGUUUGCUACAGACCAUUCCGGAUUUGUAUGAAGACUCUGCUCUACUGCAAGCCAAAAAGACCUUCUACUGGACAAGAAAGAAGUCUCAUUCCUUUGUUGUGAAUGUUCUUGCUCAGGCGCUUUAUGAAUUAUUCGCUGCAACAGAUGAUUCUCUGCAGAAGUUAAGGAGAGCCUGCUUUCUCUAUUUCAAGCUUGGGGGCAAAUGUAUUUCUGGUCCAGUUGGAUUACUUUCCAUUUUGUCUCCGAAGCCCAUCGUCCUGAUCGGCCACUUCUUUGCCGUUGCCCUCUACGCCACUUACUUUUGUUUCAAAUCCGAAUCUUGGCUCACCAAACCCCGGGCCAUUUUCAGCAGCCUCGCGGUGAUGUACCGAGCUUGCUCAGUCAUAUUCCCACUUAUAUAUUCUGAAAUGAAACACCUCGUCUACUGAAUACAGAUGGGCAAAGAGACGGGGAAGAAAAAAACCGCUUGGAUUUCUUCGCGCCUUCCGGGACGUGUCCGUCUCUUUAAGUCGAAAAGAUAACAGCAGCAACAAAACUGUCGGCCUGAAAUCUCACAGCGGCGCUUUGAGGUUUAUAAGCACAUAGAUAAUCUUGUCAAACAAGGGCAUGUAAAAAACAAAACAAAAACUCAACCAUUCUAAUCCAAGGGAGUGAAGGGGGGGGGGUCACAACAGUUACUUCUGAGAGUAAGUGUCUAGCAUAUUAGAGGAGGGGAAUGUUGGCAGAUUGCCAAGUUCUUCCCUUUCCUUGUCCCCUCUGACAUUUGAGGCCCGGACUUAUAAAAAAAAAAAUUAAUGACAUUUCUAGAGCUAUUGGUCUGAACUACGAGUGUAUGCCCAGAGAUCACAGCUUAGAAAGCCCCCAGACUGUUCAUGUUUUUUUUCUAGUCCUACAGAAUUGGCUUUAUUUCUUUUCUCCCUGACGAGCUGCUCUUCUUCUAUUUCCUUCUUUUUGUGUGUGUGUGGGGUGGGGGGAAGAAAUGGGAGUUUGUUCAUCCCCUUAAUAGGGACUUACCAACAGUGGAGGGGACAAAUUAAAAAAUGGAUGAUUUUGCUUAUGUUGGCACAGUAAGCCAUCAUAACUGUUCUUAGACCGCAGGUAAAAACUGGCCUAUUUAAAUGAUCUUCCAAAUUCACUUUGCAGAGAGAAACCGGAAAAAGUAUUCUCUCCAAUCUGUUUGGGUUUUUUUUACAAAAAAUAUAGGAUUUUAUUUAUUUACGAAGGAAUGCUUGCUGAGAUUCCACUGUAGCCUGAAAUGACAUAGCCCAGGGCUUACCACCUCAGGAAGAACUAAGCCAAUACUAAGGUUUAUGUGAUGACUGCAAAGAAUUCUAGUUGCCUUCAUAUUGCCGGCCUCAUUAGAACUGUCUCGUUUUGAGAGGUUAGAUUAGAACUAGGGAACCUAUGGUCCUCAAGAUGUUGUUGUACUAGAGCUUUCAUAAAUAAGUGAUGGCUGGGGCUGAUGGAACAUGGAAUCGCAACAUGUCAUGGCAAGGUGGAUGGCAGAGGAGGAAUUAGUGCAGAGGGAGCAGUGAUGUCUAUGUAUGGCACUGUCUCCAUUCUGUCGGAUUUCUGGGAAGAGAGUCAAGCAUCAUGAUGGAUCGAAAGAUUUAGCUAUUGGGUAUACUGAGAUAAACAGGGUUAUGUGCUUUGUACACAAACACACACAUUUAUUUGUACCUUGUACAAAUAAAAGUUUAUAAAAGAGAUACUUGCAACAACCCUUUUCAGCUACUGUAACAGAAAUAGCUAAAAUGGCAGUAUGAACGGCACUGCUUUGUUACAUUGAUAAAAUAAAUGAAACUAAGGCGGUCAGCUCAAAUCGAUUUUUAAAAAAGCAUCCGCGGCUCUUACAUGUAUAUUUCUUCACCGAUACUUUCUGGCAUUGAGCUUUUCUGUCAAGUAACACGUAAACAUGUAUUCCAUGAAUAUGCUGUGUUUUUGUUUCAAGUUCUGGUACAUAUUCUAGGGAUCGUCUCCAUUUUCUUUUCCAUUCGAUUAUAGAAGGAAGGGGAAUAGUCUUCUGGCAGGUCCAAAACCAUUUUUUUUGGGGGGGGGGUGCGGCAUUUUUUAAAUGGGUGCCAGGAAUAGGCAGCGCCAAGACAAAAACGGAUUCAAUUAGAAUAAAAACAAACCAGUAGCACAACAGGUAGUCAUCCCAAGUUUUUAAUAUAUAUAUAUUUCUGUUGUUGCAUUAAAGUGUGCAACUUUUAACAGGACCUUUGGGGAGAGGGGUGAACAUCUAUAUUCUUGUUGUUAUUGUUAUAGCCCAGAACUUAUAAUAAAUUGCUUUUCUGAUCA